GAUAGGCAGAGAGGCAGAGAGGCAGUGCUGAACAGACGCUGGGUCAGAGCGCUCAGUUGCUUCAGACAAUCACAGGGGAGCGAGAGAAAGACACAGGAAAAAGAGACACAGACAGAGAGAGACCACAUAGAAAGAUAGAUUCAAAACAGAGAAAGGGGAGGGAGAGACAGGGGAGGGAGGUAAAUAUGUGACAGGAUGUGGUUUCCCUGAGCUUGCAGAACAUCGGUACACAGGCAUACUUUGAGCAUGACCUAAACACACCGAGCUUACAAGUGUGUUUGAGCUCCGUUAGGUGGCGAAGGGGGAAAACGAAGCAAAUCGCUGGAGCUGCUGCUGCUGCUGCUGAGCCCGCUCUGGUUUCUGUGUUGCCUGUCGGAGGAUUGUGUUUCCUUUAAGCCAGCCAGCUCCACGGCAACCUCAGUCAGCUCGUCGGACAAGGAUCUGAACCUCCAUCCUUCCUCUGAGUAGAAUGCGUUUCUCUGCUGGAAGCUCUGGUCCAGUUGCUGCCUUCGUGUCCAAGCAGUGAACUUUUCAACAAAGAUUUGUGAAACAGGAUCCGUACAAAGAGAGACAGACUCACUGUGGAGCCAUGGGCUGCGGGCUGCGCAAGAUGAAGCCGACGUCGGAGGAGAACAGUCCGGGGAAGAUUUACUCCACCCUGAAGAGACCACAGGUGGAGACUAAGGUGGGCGUGGCCUACACCUACCGCUACCUGGACUUCCUCAUCGGCAAAGAUGGUGGGACGUCCACGCUGCGUCUCUCAUCAGUGCGGGAGCUGCCCGGCCAGCUGCAGGAGCUCUACCAGCAAGGCUUUGUUCUGGCAUCUGUUCACCCGUUCAUCCACCCCUGUGGUCCAGAGUCCAACAGCCCGCAGCACCAGCUCUACCGGGCCAUACUGGUCCGACUCUGUGACGGGGUGGAGAAGAGCCAGUCUGUCUGCCCGCCGUACAAACUACAGCUGGAAGAGUGUCUGUCUGCCGAGCAGGUGCCCACCCCAGAGCUCAUCCAGGGCUACGUCAAGAAGCAGAUCCAAGAUGCCGCUGACCAGGGGGUGAUGUUCGUUGGAUUUGUCCAGGAACCCUACGGGGCCCCAUGCACCAGGAUCCGAGAACCAGACACCCCCUCCCUUUCUCUGCACUCCAGCCCCAGCUCUGUGCUCGGUUCCCUGGGCAGCUGCAGCCCCCUGAACCCCUCAAGCCCCAGAAACCACGCAGAACCUGGAGCCCCCUCUGACGCAGUGGACAAAGACGGGAAUGAGGAGGCCGGAGAAGGAGCGCCGAGCGGGGAGAAGAAUCAAAGUGAGAACACUGGGAACCAUUCAGGGAGCGGAGUGGAGGGCAGCCAAGGUGAGGUCUCGCCUGUGGCGUCUCCAGUACCAGAGGGAGAUCUGGAGCACAGUGAGGAGCUGACGGAGGAGCUGACGGAGGAGGAGUCGUCGUGUCACAAUAACAACAAAGACAGUGGCAGAGACACAAAGGAGAGGCCCAGAUACCGCCUGCGGAGGGGCGACGGGGUUGAACUGCUCGCUUUGUACAACCACCCGCCAGUCCGAGAGGGACAAGUGAAGUACUACACUGUCAAGGUGCCACUGCGAGUUCAAAACUGUGAUGAGGGGGUCAAAGGUGUGGAGGCCAACUGGCUGGAUCACAUGACCCAGCACUUCAACAAUGGAGCCUCGCUGGUUGAUGGAUACUUCCACCUGGGCAACGUGAAUGAUAUGCUGCCUAAGUCGGUGGAAAGUGUCUUCAUCUUCCAGGAGGCGAGCGAGAGCGAGCCAAAUGCAGCCACCCCGACAUAUGACGCCAUCGUAGUGGAGCAGUGGACCGUCAUUAACGGUCUGCAGGUGAAGGCAGAUUAUAUUCCUCUGCUACAGUCCCUGGCCACGUAUGGAUGGAGGCUCACCUGUGUGCUGCCAACUCCUGUAAUCAAGACGAACAGUGAUGGAAGUCUGUCCACCAAACAGAUUGUUUUCCUGCAGAGACCCAUCUUGGGCCGAAAGAGGAGGGAAUCCAAGAAAUUGAUCUUCAAGCCCCGAAGCAAGUCCAACAAGAACUGCAUCAAAGACACCACCAAGAACAAGAAGAAGAAAAAAACAAAAACUGAGAAAGAGGCAGAGGAUCCCAAGAUUCUUGAUGAAAGAGAAAAGGUGGAGAAAGAGGAAGGCAAGAGUAGGGAUGAAAGGGUGAACGCAACAGGUGUGGAGGCUGCGAGAGAAAGUGAGACAUCUAAAGAAAGGGAGGUGAGGUGUGAGGAAGAUGGGAUUGAAAUCAGCAUUGAGACUGUUGAAAAGAACCAUGGAGGAGCGGAGACAGAAGACAAAGGAGCAGAAAAUGGCACAGAGGAAGAAGACAAAGAAAAGAUAGCACUGGAUGGAGAGGGAUCAAAACAGAAUGGAGAGCCUCUGGAAAACGGAGAGGUCCAGGAAGUGACGGAAAUUGUUGCGACUGUCGAAACACAGAGCAAGACCAAAGAAAAGGAGGAUGUGGAAGUGGAAGCUGUGAUCGAAAACGGGGUGGAGACAGAUGAGGAGAAAGAAGAGGGCGACAAGACCUCAAUCAAAUGCAAGACAGAGGAACCAGCCGGCGGAGAGGUCAACACCAAGGAGAUCGUGGCAGAUUCACAGGCUGCACCGACUAAUCAAAACCCAGAGGAGACUCAAGAGUAGCCUCAAGUAGUCCAAGUCAAGGUUUUUCCCCACCCUACCUCUCAAAUUCCCCAUCUUAAGAACUGGUCCACAGUGUUGUCCCUGAUCCAAAUUAAAGGGGCUUCGAUCCCCAUCGCUGCAGCAUUCUCCAAACCUACCAUCUUUCAUAGACUAUUCCCCUACAACCUGCCACAGUGUAGCUACAGAGCGAUUUCAUGUAACUGCAGACAUCAGCCCUACUGUAUAACCACACAUACUGAAUGUAUAUAUCCCAAACAGGUGGUGUUGGUGCAGGAUAGUUAAUGUGGAGACACUGGAAUCACUGGAUGAGGAUCGACAGGGGUUAAAUGAUGCCAUGAUCAGAUUGGGCGCGCUUUUCUUUUGUUUGAGAAGGAUGAGAAACAGGUUAAAAAGGUCUGGUCACACCUGCAAUUGAAACAACUAAAUUAAUUUCCUUUUCAUAGAUUUGCCACGAUUACUGAGUUCAAAUAAACUGCGUGAACUAACUGUUCUGUUAGCGAUUGAGAUGACUAGUUUGCUAACUGACAGUUACAAUUUAAUUACUAAAUAAAAUGUACAAACUUGAAAAUAAAAUGUGAGAAAGAACUCAACAAAAUUUUUUAAGAAGCUACGAAAGCUACUGAGACUGACUAAGGGCCCACAGACAUGCUGCAUUUUCCGCACCAUCAAAUUGAUUAUUGUCAAUAAAGACACCUGGACAGCAUGUUUAAAAGCAAGAGCGACGCCGUCACUGCUGCUCCAAAGCACCUAUUUUUCAGAGUGCAUCGCCUGUACCCUGAGAUAAACAAAGCUGAACAUUUGAAAGCAGCAACAUGUCAUGUGACAAGGACAACCAAUCACAGCCAGCUGAUAUCUCUCCUUUUUUAUGUAUUUUUGUCAUUUUGUGAUAAAUACGGAGGAGAAGUUGACCAUUGUAGUGCAGGGCUACGCAGAGCUUUACAAUCUGUCUCAUGGACAAUAUUUUCAGCUGAAUACACACUUAAAAAAAAUUGCUUGGAAAAAGAUCAGCUCGGAACUUGGGAUUUGGUUGUGGCUCAGGCGCAACCUGCCUCAGCAUCCUCUGAAGUUGGCAUAGAGCAGGUACAAGAACAGCACCCAGCGCCUGACCUCGCCUUCAUGGUAAAAGACGCAGCAUGUGUCCCGGCCCUUAGCAUUUGUAGUAGGGAUGCACCAAUUUUUCGGCCGCACAAAAAAAAUGUAUUGUUUCCCUAAUAAUCCUACAUUGUAAACGAAGUCCAUGCUAACAUCGACAGGAGGCGAGCUAGCUAACGUAAGUAGCCGGUGGCUGGAACUAACUGCUAACGGAGGUCGCAAUGAGUAACAUUAUGAUGCGUUCAUGCGCUGCUAAGUGAAAAUGAGAAUUAGGUGAGGGUAAAUUAUAAUAACAUUUCUCGUGAUGUGUUCAAAUGUAGCUCUUUGGCAAGACAUAUAACUACAGUUGUUUAAAAGGAGAAAUUUGUUGAUGUUUCCACCGUAAUAUAAAACAGACAUUAGAGAAAGGAUUAUGAUAUUCUAUAUCCGGUAGCCUUCUUUGUUUCCCUGGCACAAAAGUGGGAAUGAAUAACAACAAAAAAAUAUUGCUAUCUGCUACCGCCCAAAUUGUUACUUUAAACACCUAAACCUACCCCUGCAAAUAGUCCCCACGCCACCAAGCCUCUUUGACAACAAAUUUUGCAAAGUUAAAGGGAUAAAUUAGACCGUGCCAUUUUCUGGUGUGACCACGCCUUUAAGAGAGCAAGGAGUGUUGUGUAAUUCUCAUGCAAUGUAAUGUAAGGGUUAAUUAGACAAACUGAAAGAACUGCAGUGAUCAUGGAUCAAAGAAAGUUCCCUUCUUGCUUUUGAAAAAUAGUUUGAGAAACAUAAGUCCUUAUAGAUGUACCCAGAUAUAGCGCCUGUUACAAGAGGUACUUGUACUGAGCAGCUCUUUUCAGUUUGUGAAGCCGAGGAAAAGACAAGUCAGCUCCAAAAUCCAAGAGGCAGAAUCUUGACAGGUCACAGUCCUCAUCCACACGACUGACAAUGUAAGGGCAGGCACGCUCAGAGAAGCAUCUUUAUGUGAACGCAGGCUGCAUCACCAUUACCCGUUCCUUCGUCUUGUGCAUCAUAGUAAGUUGGGAUGUGGAGGGAACUUAGAGGAGAACGCUGGUAGAGGUGAUGGGAAAGGCGUUUGUUGCGACAGGCAAUCCAAAGUAAGGUGAAGAGAUAAUUGUUUACGCGGAGCUCUAAGCCGUCAAGUGCUUCAAAGAGAGCCGAUAAUCACUCUUUGGUGUGGUGUGCUAAGCUCACCUUGCAUACAGAAUGUUCCAUAUUCAAAGCCAAGUCAGAUAAGGAUGUGAAAUUCAGCUGAAUGUUUGCAGCUCGGGGGGCAGGAGUCAUAUUUAGAUGCACCUACUUUGCUUUCACGUACAGGGGUGAGGAUUUAUUUCUGCACAAAGUUGCAUUUUUAAUUACAUUUCCAGUCAAUGGCCGCAAACAAAAGCUCUCAUCAGUGUGGAGACAAGGUUAAGCUGCGCGGUCAGGACCGAGCCUUGUUGUUUACAGAGACCAAAACUGGAGAUUGAGAGAAAUUGAGACAUAGAAAGGCGUUGAGAGCGAAGGAGAGACCAUGGAGCAUGAGAGAGUCAAAUAAAAGAAAUGAAUAGGCUCAUUUAAAGUAACGGCGGUUUGCGUUCCACAUUCCCCGUUGAGAUUUCCUUCAUUAUUUUACCUCCAGCUCUUUAAGCACCUCUUUCCAGACAUCAUUUCUGACAAUAACCGAGUCAUAAUGUGCUGUUUCACGGCAUCGUGUAGCUUUCCAUUUUAAAAAGGGGGGAUGGGGGAGGUGAACGGGAGGGAGGAAGGUGGCGACGUUCACGGUGCAGAGCUCUCAUUAGCUCACUAAUGGGUUUUGUCAGUGGGGUAUCUGUCAGGAAACAUGCAUUUAUAAUGGGGGUCACUUAUUGGGGGAUGUAUUGACAGCGGAACACCUCAACAUGUCAAGCAAAUAGCCUUCAGAUUUACCGGUGAUGUCAUGGGGAAUCAUUUUUGCACUGAGGAGGAAGAGUUUGUGUUAAAAAUUUUGCAAAUAAAUUACACACACGUCAUUAUGAAAUAUGUCAGAAAACCUAUUUAUUAAAAUGUUCGGCUAAUCAAGAACGUAAACUACCUGCUGUCCUGCUCCACACAGACUGUCAUUUGUCAUAAUUUGGAUCUUUUGUUUUAUGAGAAAAGAUGAUGAUACUUUGGUCAAGACAAACGUCUCCUUUUUGGAGAUGAAACUCUUCAAUUACACACAAGUAAGAUCGAUUAUGCUGAAUAAGUGCUCUCCUUAAUUAAUCCACCCGCCGCUGAGAUUCUUUUCAAUGUAAAAUGGCAAGUGUUUUUGUGUAGAGUAGAAUAUAAAAACUGUGACCAGCUUAGCCUUAUUACUAUACUGUAAAUGGCCCACGAUCUGCUUUUAGAAAUGUCCUUUAGAGGCACAAUGGUGAUUUAAGUGUUAUAUGUUUGUUAUAGUCAAACAGGAAAGAUUUGCUACAGUCAGUGUUGGUAUUUUGAAGCUGUUGUUCCCCCAUUUUAUUACUGGAAGUCAGAGUGAGGGGAUAAAAGUGUUUGUCUAUAUGAAGGUAAUAUGUUCUGGAGUUAUUUUUAAGACAAUUUUUUUUAUUAUUAUUAUUAUUGUGAAUGUUCUGUUUUGGAGUCAAGAGGUUUUACUGUGGGCUUUGUGUUGCCUCUGCUGUUCUGCUAAAGCUUGCUAAAAUGUAUUUCUGACUGACGCUUUGAGCUACCUCCCGAGGGCUGUUGUUGGUUUUAAACCGAGGGGGUCGCCGCGUGCGUGACCCCCAGGAACAUAUGCUCCUUGUCCUCUCGCCCUCCACUAUGAUGGAGUCCAGACCCGUGAGCGUGAUCGCUAAUGGCAGACAAGGUCAAGGGUCAUAUUUGAGCCAGAAUGGAUUUUCCACAGCUGUACACAGGAGUUUGCACGAGCACAUGACAAAAUAACCACUCUGAUAAUAUUGAAUUAUGAAGUCAUAUCAUAAUAUUCUCUGUGGUGUUUUCUUUUCUUUUUUUGUUUAAACUUCAUUCUCUCGGCUGCUUUUAGCUUUCGGCUGUUUGAGCUUUAAUAAGCACUUAUUGUAUUCAAGAAAUAUUUCAUGCUCCCUCUUGCAUCAGAGCUGCUGGGGAGCGGAGGAGACUCAGCUGUCACUUUCACACGUUUGUCAGAAUGUGACAAAUAUGAAUUAUGAAAGGCAAUACCAAAAGACGCCUUUUGAUAGCUGACGAGAUCAUUAUGAAUAUUUGAGAAAUAUCCCCACUGAAUCUCGGUCAACUUAUUUUGUCAGAUUUAAUCAAUUUCUUCAUUUUCCCCAGCGUCGAGAUAAACAUUUUAACUGUCAUCUAUCUGUAUUAUGAAUAUGAAUUUGUUUCAGUAUUCCCACCUUUCUCCCUUUUUUUUGUUUUUUAAUCUGAAACUGUGACAUUUAUUCCCCUUUGGCGUCCUGUGGAAACAGACUCAUCAUACUCCACUUUAUUGAAAAGAGCAGAGUUUGGAAAAUCAGUUAAGCUGCGAGGUGAUCUUAUGUGACACGACUGUGUUUUUUAGACUCACUACAUUCCGGUCGGACAUCCACGGGCGAGGAUGAUCGUAACCUUGACAAAAGUUACAACCAGCCCUGUAUCCGCCCAUCCUACCUGAGGCCGCGGCCUUCGGGGCCCGUCUCUCCCUGAUAAGGGCUGAUUGGUGGCAGUGCAGUCUCACCUCUGACAUGCAUACACCCCAGGGACUGUGGGUAAUUGAGAUUUUUUUUAAUCUGGUGAGACGAGAAAGAAAAAAAAAACAGACAGGGAGAGAAAAGCGAGGCAAGAUCUCACACUCCAUCAGUUAAAUGAUGCUGAACCAUGUUAACUUAGCCGUCCGUGAAAAGAAGGAGACCUUUGACUAAUGUUAGACUUAAAUAUACAUUUGAAGCUCUCUGCUUAUUUGUGUUAAAAAAAAAAGAGGUAAUAAACAGUUUCCUGUCUUCUAUCAGCAUAAUUGUCUCUGAGCCUCAGUAGUGGCGCUGGUGCAAUCGUUCUUGGUAACGCUGUAAAGAAAAAUAAAACGCAAUGGUUCAUUUCCUGUGUGCUACUAUGAUGUGAAAUGGGCAGAGUAGAAAUGACAGAACAUGAUACAAUAGGAUGCCGUCAUUUUUUUUUAACCUGUGUUGUCACUUUAGCUUGCUCACAGCCUCUGGAAAAUGUAUUCUUAGUUUUUUUUUGUCUCUGAUGUUUUUUUAUCACCUUGGCUGCCAUCUUGAAUGUUGAGUAUCUUUGAUCAUGUGCUGUUGUCACUUGCAUAGCAGUGUUUGCUAUCAAGGAAGAAGAAGUAUUCUUUAUCUUUGCUAUCCUGAGUAUGUCCACAUUCCUAUUGUUCAUGACAUCUGUACAAUUUGUAUAUUAUAAAAUGAUUUAUAUUUAAUGUG